CACUCCCCACUUUAUCAUCCGCCAAAAUAAUAUUCCAUGCAAUAUUACUCGUAGUCCCAUUUCUUACUUUUACAACUCUAUAAAAAGGGGCAUUGCUAUGCAAACUGAGAAGCACAAACUCAUAAAAUAGAUAAUAAGCUUAAUUAUAGCUAUGGCUACUCGACGAUCUCUUGUUUUAGGAAUGCUUAUGACAAGCUUACUGUGUUCUACACACUCAGUAGUAGGAGAUGACAUUCCAGAUAAUUUUAAUAGCAGUUAUUUUCCUACUGGUUUCUAUUUUGGAUCUUCCACGUCUGCUUACCAGAUUGAAGGGCAAGCAAACAAGAAGUGCAGAGGACCCAGUAUGUGGGAUACAUUUUCCCACAAUUAUCCAGAGAGGAUAGCUGAUGGUAGCAAUGGCGAUGUGGCAAAUGAUUUUUACAACCAUCACAAGCAUGAUAUUCAAUUGAUGGGCGAUAUGGGUCUAAAUUCUUUCAGAUUCUCGAUUUCUUGGUCUAGGGUAAUACCUAGUGGGAGGAUCAAAGAAGGAGUGAACGAGAAAGGAAUACAAUUUUACAACAGGGUUAUAAAUCAAACUAUAGCGCAAGGAUUGGAGCCUUUUGUGACUAUUUUCCAUUGGGAUGUUCCUCAGCCCCUAGUAGACAGCUAUGGUGGCUUCUUAAGCCGUGCCAUAGUGGAGGACUAUAAGGAUUUCGCAGAGCUUUGCUUUCAAAAGUUUGGAGAUCGAGUGAAGUAUUGGAUAACUCUAAAUGAGCCAUGGUCUUUCUCAUCAUACGGUUAUGACACCGGUACUAUGGCCCCCGGCCGAUGCUCAUCUUGGAUGAAUAAAGCAUGUAAAGCUGGAAAUUCAGGAACUGAGCCUUAUAUAGUUAACCAUAAUCUCAUUCUUGCUCAUGCAACUGCUGUCCGACUCUAUAGGGAAAAAUUUCAGGCAAAGCAAAAUGGGAAGAUCGGCAUGACACUUGUUUCCUUCUGGUUCGAACCCUAUAAUUCUUUGGACUAUGCUGAUCAGAAUGCAGCUAAAACAGCCCUAGAUUUUAUGCUCGGUUGGUUCUUGGACCCUGUGACAUACGGUCAGUAUCCGAGAAGCAUGCAAAAGCUAGUUGGACGUCGAUUACCAAAGUUUGUGGGCAAUGAAGCUCAAUUCGUGAAAGGAACAUAUGAUUUUCUUGGAUUAAAUUACUACUCUGGAUAUUAUGCUUCUGCAAAUUUUACUGUUGAUCCUAAUCCCGAUCAUAUUAGUUUUUCGACUGACAGUCAUGUCACUAUACAACCUUAUAAAAAUGGCAUACCCCUUGGUAACGCUACUGCGGUUGAUUGGCUAUUUGUUUAUCCAGAAGGUAUUAGAUACCUAUUGAAUUACACUAAAAAUACCUACAGAAACCCAGAUAUUUAUAUUACUGAAAAUGGUAUGGGUGAGCCCAAAAAUGACACAUCAGCAGAUAAUCUGGAUGAUCCUUGGAGGACAAAUUAUUAUAAAACCCAUCUCUGGAAUGUGCUUGGAUCUAUUGUCAAUUACAAAGUUCAAGUAAAAGGGUAUUCUAUGUGGUCAUUUAUGGACAACUAUGAGUGGGAUAGUGGAUAUACAGUGAGAUUUGGAUUGUUCUAUGUAGACUAUAAGAAUAACUUGACCAGAAUUCCAAAAACAUCGGUUGCUUGGUUAAAGAAUUUCCUCAAUCAAGGAAGCCUUAAAUGGGGCUCUACUAAGAUCGACCUUUGAUCAUCAAUGUCACAGAUGCUUAAUAAUUUAUUAUGAGUAUUUUUCUUUUAAGUUUGGCUUUGUGAGAGUGAGUUUGUUUUUGGUCAUGUAUUUUGAAGCUUAAGUUGUUAUGUUUAUGUGUGUGACUAUGUUUAAGUCUUGUGAUUUUCAAAAAAUAAUAUAAGCCUACUGCUGCUUGUUUUGUGUUAUA